AUGAGACUCUUAAUUCCUAAUCCAGGGCUGGAAGACAGGAUACUUUCCUAUGACGAUCUGGAAAAGAUGGAGAAGGAGCAGGCCGAGGACAGACCCCAGUGGGACAACAAAGCUCAGUACAUUUUAACCUGUGUGGGCUUCUGUAUUGGGAUUGGCAACGUGUGGCGAUUCCCUUACUUGUGUCAAAGUCAUGGAGGAGGUGCUUUUUUGAUUCCCUACCUGAUCCUGCUGGUGCUGGAAGGACUGCCUCUCCUGCUGCUGGAGUUUGCUAUUGGCCAGCGUCUCAGGAAAGGCAGCGUAGGAGUAUGGCGUGCCAUCAACCCUUAUCUGACUGGUAUUGGUAUAGCCUCCAUGCUGGUGUCCUUAUUGAUUGGACUGUACUACAACACCUUAAUAGCCUGGAUCAUGUGGUAUCUCUUCAAUUCCUUUCAAGGCCCGCUGCCUUGGACUCAGUGUCCUCUAAAUGAGAAUGGCACAGGAUAUGUACCAGAGUGUCAACAGAGCUCCACUGUGGAUUAUUAUUUUUACCGGGUGACUCUGAAUACCACGGCCUCUAUAGCUGACUCUGGGGGAAUUCACUGGCCCGUAGUGCUCUGCCUGCUAGCUGCCUGGACAGUCAUGUGUGUCUGCUACAUAAGAGGGAUUGGCACUUCAGGCAAGGCAGUGUACGUCACAGCCAUUCUACCUUACAUAGUGCUGGCCAUCUUCCUCAUCCGAGGACUGACUCUUAAAGGUGCCCUGACUGGAGUAGAGUUCCUCUUCACACCAGACAUUAAUGAGUUGAAAAACCCAACAACUUGGCUGGAUGCAGGCGCCCAGGUCUUUUAUGCUUUUAGCUUGGCUUGGGGAGGCCUCAUCUCCUUUUCAAGCUACAACCCUGUUCACAACAACUGCAAGCAAGAUGCCAUGAUUCUAACAGCCAUAACUGGCCUGACCUCCAUCUAUGCUGCCACAGUCACCUACACCAUCAUUGGCUUCAGGGCCACAGAGAAAUAUGACAAUUGUAUCAGUGAAAACAUCAGGAUAUUAUCAAAUGCAUUUGAACUUCCUGAAGACAGCAUAACUUCAAGCAACUACGAGGACGCCUUAAUUCAUUUCAACAGGUCCUCUCAUGACAUUGUACUUGGAUUGGACAUCAAAACUUGUGAUAUGCAUAAACUUCUCAGUGAGGGAGUGGAGGGAACAGGUCUGGCCUUUAUUGUGUUCACAGAAGCCAUCACCAAGAUGCCUGGUUCUCCAGUCUGGUCUGUCCUCUUUUUCAUCAUGCUACUCUGCUUGGGACUCUCAACCCUGUUUGGCAACAUUGAGGGGGUGGUGGUCCCACUGAAAGACCUGCAUGUAUUCCCUAAAAAAUGGCCCCAUGAAGCACUGACAGGAUUAACCUGUGCUAUCGCCUUCAUCAUCACGCUCCUGUUUGCGCAGAAUUCAGGGUUUUAUUGGGUAACUCUCUUCGACAACUUUGCUGGAUCUGUCCCACUUCUUUGCAUUGGAUUUUUUGAGAUGAUAGCUGUUGUUUACAUCUACGGCAUAGACAGGUUCAAUGAGGACUUGGAGUUCAUGGUUGGACAUAAGCCAGGCAUCCUCUGGCAGAUUUCCUGGAGGUUCAUCAGUCCGGUAAUUGUUCUGGUUAUCUUAGUUUUCUACCUCGUUACACAAGUCCAAGAGGAGCUCACCUACUUAGUCUGGGAUCCAAACUCUGAGGACUUUCCAGCUCUGGCAUCAGUACCGUACCCCUCAUGGAUUAAUGCAGUUAUCUUUCUGUUGGCGGGAGUCCCCAGUCUGGCAGUACCAGUGUAUGCAUUAUUUAGGUUUGUUUAUGUCAGCUGCAAGAAAAAAUAA